AUGGCCACGGAAGUCGAGAUGCCCAUGUCCAUGUUGCCCAUGCACCAGGCUCCCGAAUCCUCAAGCCCCAACUCAACCACAGCUCCCGGUUCUGCCACCGCAACCUCGUCCAAGCGGACACCCUCCCCUACUGCUUCCACCACUGGUCAUGCCUCAGGCGGCAUUUCGAAGCGCCCGCCUCGCAAAAGCACCCUGACCCAGCAGCAAAAGAACCACAAGCGCCAGCGAGCCACCCAGGACCAGCUUUCCACACUCGAAGUCGAAUUCAACAAGAACCCUACUCCUACUGCCAAUGUCCGCGACCGUAUUGCAGGGGAAAUCAACAUGACGGAGAGAUCCGUCCAGAUUUGGUUCCAAAACAGGCGCGCCAAGAUUAAGCUGCUGGCUAAGAAGAGCCUCGAAACAGGCGAAGACAUCGACUCCAUUCCUGAAUCUAUGCGUAAUUACCUCGCCAUGCAGGCCAUGGAGUCUGGCAAAAGCCUCGGCGGUAGCUACCUCGGCCGUACUGGUCUUAUGCCCUUCGGCCACGGAAAUAUGAUGCUCGGCGAACAGAGCGGCCCAGGCAAGGUUCUUAUUCACCACCUUAGCUGUCGCUCUCUCAGCAUCGGCAAGUGGACCAGAGUCGGCCAGAACACGAUGGAUCUCAUCAUUUUCUACUCCCCGGACAAGUGUACCAUGACCUACUACAUCAACAACGAACAAGCUGGCUACAAGAUUGAGUACCCGUUUGCCUACAUCAAGAGCAUUUACUUGGAAUAUAGCGACGGUGACCCUUCCAAGCUCGGCGGUAUUGUCAUCGAGCUGAAUCACAUCCCCAACUUUUUCAUGGACUCGCCCCCUUCCGCUGAUAUGGACUCGCCCCCUUCCGCUGUUGGCUUCAGGCAGGUUGGCGACUUCACAGAAGACUCUCAGGCCUCAAGCUGUAUGGUUCAUCAUCUCGGCGGCAACCCGAAGAUGCUCAGCACCCAGCUCGCCAAGCUCGUUUCUCUCGAGUCCUUCAUGAACCGCCACAACGCAAUGGCCUAUGCCACUCCCAGCCCCAACGCCGCCAUGGACGCUCACGCCAUCGCUGUCUCCGCCCCCGUCUCGCCCAUCCCUCGCCCCUCCUCGCAGCCAAAUUUUGCUGCAAGCCAUAUCAACAUGAUGCCUGAUCAGAACCAAUGGGGCAUCGGUCAGAUGCACUCCGCCAUGCGCCCGCCGCAGGGCCACAAGCGCCAGAGAAGUCGUUCGGUCCCCGGCCCCAUUGACUUUGCCAUGUUCCAGAGCCAGCCCAUGCCCUCAUUCUACAUUUCGGCCCCUACCGACAUGGGGCCGCCACACACGCCUGGCGUCUACGCCCCUAUCCCCCAGCAACCGAACAUGGUCAACAACCUGCGCAUCGACACCCAGGCUGGUUUCGGACUCGAUAUGCGUCAGUAUCCCAUGUCGGCCACGACCGCCUCGCCGGCCGAUUUCCCCCACAGCCCUAGUUUCUACUCGCAGGGUCACGAUGGAACACCACUGGGCACGCCUGGCUACACGCCUGCCUACAGCAGCGCUUUCAUGUCUCCCAUGGUGGGCUCCGACGCCAAUGGUCCACCCUCGGCUUCGUCUCUUGGCUUCGCUAGUAACGAGCCGGCCAUUGUCGAUCAAUCACCACCCAUGGGUAUGAUGGGCCGCCCUGGUUCCGCUGGCAUGUACGGGGCGCAUGACGGUUCCUGCGCUAUUUCGGAGGAUGGCACCACUCUCAACGACAUGUAUUCGAAGCACAACCUCAAUCUCUCGCCAAACUUUGUGCAUCAGCAACAAUCAGAACUCGAUAUGGACCAGCUGGUUCAUUUCGACACGGUGGAUCCAUCGAGCCUUUCGCCUCCCGAGGCCAUGGUAUCGGUACCGCAAUAG